GUAAAGAUUUGGUUCCAGAAUAGGAGAACAAAAUGGAAGAAAAAAGAUGGUAUAACAAACGCCCAGGCAGCUGAACUUCGUAGCAGCUCUGAGAAACCGGACACGGCUACUAGUAAAAAGAAGCAAUCCAAGAAACCCCAAGAACAUAUAGACUCUAAGACGCCCCCUGGUGACGGUACAUCAGAACAAACGCACACCGAAACCAUUGAUCCUCCAGAAAAACCUCUCCCCCUGUCUACAGAUGGGGACCUUUCCGAUUCAUUGGACAUCGCUGCUCUAAAACACCUAUCCCCCCCAUCAGCUGAUCAGGGGGACUCCAGUUUUACUUUGCCGCAGCAGGUGUCACGGACAGACAGUGAAAACUAUCUUGAAGGAAUAGAUUGUAAUUCUUCCCAGUCAGCAAGCAGCAGUCACUGA